AUGCCCACACCGUCUCACCAAUCCCGCCACGCACCAAGCACUGAGAAUGACUCACCAGCGAAAAACAUGGCAUACUCUUACGAGCACUCAAUCGACUCUUAUGCCAAUGCUGGCUCACUUGUGCUGCGGAAGUCUGGCCUGCGGGCACUCCCAAACAAUGGCGCGCCUUAUGGUUCGCCGAUCCCGCCGUUUCGACCUCCAGGGCCGUCGCCUUUAAUGCUACAAUCUUCGAUACUGCCCCCCUUGAUGACCAUACCCUAUAUACGUCACAAUACCAGCCACAUUCAGCGAAACUCAGGACUUCUCCCGUUGAUACCCCCGCGGCUAUUGUUGUAUAAAGGCUUCAAAUGCGUCAACCACAUUGAGCAGCAUAUCAAGGAAGAGCCAACUGUCAUGAAGGUAUACUAUCUACCGAAGGAGCAUGAAAUCCAUAUGAGCUCGGUCAUUCACAGUCAAAAGCAAUCGAACGGCUUUUUCUCACACCCGAUACUCGUCGUACGUACCGUAUCGCAGUAUAAGAUUGUGUAUUUCUAUCCCAUCACUGGUAAACUCGGAUCUUGGGCAAAUAUCAUAUGCCUGGGAGACAAAUGUGCGAUGGAGAGAGAAGAUAUUUUGAAUCUGGCUGAAGGUUCAUCCUCGUUCAAAUACAGGAGCGUCGUCAACUUGACACAAUGCUAUUACAUUGAGUGGGCCUAUCUCAUGUACUGGCGUGACCGCGUCGUUGUGGACAGCACACAGAUGGCCAAAAUCAACAGCAAGAUUGAGAGCCUGGAGGCGAAGCAAAAUCGCCCACGCUACUUACCCCUUCUGCGUGACUUGAGCCGCGUAGCACCUGGUACAGUCUUGGCUAAGUGGAAUCGCUACCGAACGACUCUCUCUCCUGUAUUGGUUAUUCAGAAGUCAGCAAACCGGGUCUCCUUUCUCCGCAUCAAGGCACUCGAUCACUCGAGGUCGAAACUAGCGAGCGUACUAAUUUCAGAACACCAGGGCAGCACAACGAACGGUGCACUAACCCUUCUACCCGAGGAAAACUCUCCGGGUUUCAGUCACCCUUCAGUGGUGUCAGACAUUUUAGAGACAGCUUACUUGCGAGAAUUUACAACAUGGUGUUACCCGCCGAUCAUGAUUCAAGCUCGGUCAAUGAUGGCUUUGUAUACGUUCCUUGGGUAUGGUUUGCACGGUGGUCAGAAAAAGCUCCAGAAACUGGGGUAG